AUGGCGAUGUGCCGCGUGCUAGUUGCGGCCACCCUUGCGGCCACUGCACUUGCAGCCGGCCACGGUGACCACGACCAUGACCAUGACCACGACCAUUGCGAGCAUGAGGCCAUGAUGGUCAACUACACGUGUGACUCCACGACCUGCGGUGGAUACAUGGCCUACAAGACAUCGCAGUGUAACGCAAGCAGCAAGUGUCCGGCUGUGGUGGUCAUCCAGGACUGGAACGGCAUGAACGAUUACGAGAAGGAGCGCGCGCGCAUGCUGGCUGGGCUGGGCUAUGUUGGCUUCGCGGCGGACAUCUACGGCUACGGCACGCCUGUGGAGGACAUGGGCGAUUGGGCAGCUGCUGCCGGCAUGCAUCGUGGGAAUCCGGACCUCUACAUGUCGAAGAUCACGGCUGCAAUCGACAAGGUCAAGACCCUGGAAUUCGUUGACACCACCAAAAUUGCUGUCAUCGGCUACUGCUUUGGGGGUACCGGCGUUGUGAACAUGGCCAUUCUGGGCAUGGACGUGCUGGGCGUGGUUGGAUACCAUUCCGGCAUCAGCCCGAGUGCGCGGGUGGUGCGUGGCAACAGCACCGUCCCAGUGACGGCCAAGGUAUUGCUGCAUUCUGGCGUGAAGGAUGACAUGGCCACGGACAUGGCACUGCUGGAGGAGGAGUUCGAGUCUGCACAGGCCACCUACGAAAUCGCCCGGUAUGGCUCCGGGGUCUACCACAGCUUCACCGAGUGGAGCGCAAGCGUUCCCAUGCAGGCCAUGUACGAUCAGCGCGCAGAUGUGAGGUCGUGGGAAAGCACCAAGCACUUCCUGAUGGAGCUGUUCGACGGUCUUCCUGCGGCCAGCCGCGAGCCCGAGUGCAAACAUGACGAUCACGACCACGGCAACCAGGUCGGCUCGCAGCAAACUAGCUCCGGCAAGGCUGCCGUCCUCUCUCUGGGAGCCGGGGCAGUACUCGCGCUGCUGGCAUAG